AUGCCAAAGAUAAGUAACUCAAAGUUGCAAAUUCCUCGCGUAAAUCGUCAAGAAUGUACCAACAACAAGAAUUCUAAGAAUUCUCCUGAUGAUAAGACGGCUUUAGAAUUAUUAUCAGGACUUAAGGCAGAAAGUAUACCUCCACCAGAUACCGAUUUUAUUAAACGUGUGUUGGAAAAUUCUCGUAGGGCAAAAUCCAAAAAAAAUGAUCCUCCAAGACCUCCAAAUGCAUUUUUCUUGUUUCGUAACGCGUUGCAUUCUCAUUUGUCCGCUCUUAAUUUAAAAGUACCUCAAGUCAGCGCUGCGGCUGGGGAAUUAUGGAAUAAUGCUAGUGAAGAAAUGAAAAGCAAAUAUAUUAAAUUACAAGAAAUUGCAAAAUUCUUGCACUUGGAAAUGCAUCCGGGAUAUGUGUAUCGACCUAGAAAAAAUUUUACUCCUUCUCCUUCGAAUAACUUGGAUGUGGAUGAGAAAUCUUCUGAAAAGAAACCAACAUCAAAUAAUCCCGCAACCCCUUCUUCACCUGAUUCCUUUUCUUCGCUAAUUUCUGAGCCACCCUCGCCUACAAAAUUCGUUGAUUCUGGAUUGGUGCAAUUAUCCACAACUCAAUGUAGUAAAAUAGAAGUAGAAAACUUACAACUGAGACGUCCUACAUUGCCCAAACCCUUGGUUCAUUACAACGAAGACCUUUAUGUAACUAAAGAUAAAUCAUCACGAGAUUUAUUUACGUCCGAACAUAAUGAACCAAGCCAGAAAUUGAUGGAAUUUCAUCAAGAAUCCACACAACCGCAGCCUACGCGUUUAGUUCGCCAUUUACCUCCUGUACAAGAUCAAAGCAUGAGAUAUCAUGAUCUCAACAAUAAUGUGAUUCAUAAUCAACGACAACAUCGAUUCGCCACCUCUCAACAGCUCAAUCAGAUUGACCCCGUUUUGAUCACCACGUUAACUUCAUUCACAGCAUUUCCGGUACCGCAUGUGAAUUCCGUAACAUCCGUAGAAACUUCAAAUAAUUUCACAAUGACGUUUGAAAAUCGGGCAAUACCAAAUUCGCCAAAUUUAAAUUUUGUGGCUCCACAUAAUAUGAUUACUAAUGGAUUUGAUGUAAGGAAUAACACUGUGAUGCCACAACCGACAAUUGUCGCUCCAUAUCAAUAUCUACCCGCUAGGUAUGGUUUAGUCGGUGACCCAGGUAAUGAUGUUUUUAGUGAUUGGGUUGAUUGGGAUCAUCAAUACACCGAAGACACGUUUUAA